AUGUCAACUAGUUUUAAUAGUUAUUGUAGUGAUCUAUUUCAACCAAUAAUUUCGAAAUUAUUUGAUCUACAACUGGAAUUCAAGAAGCUCUAUAUUCGACUUGAAGGAUCAAGGGAUGAAAACCUGUGGUGGAACCAGAUAUCCAAUAAUUUGGGACUGGUUGGGUAUCUUAGCAUCUCAUCCAGUUUGGAUCCUGCUUUCGAACAAGUUUUCACUUCAUGGUCGCGAAAAAUUAGAAUUUUGAAUUCUGAUUGGUUUACUUUGGAAAAUCUUUUGUCGUGUACUUGCAGUAAAAUUACACUCGAAGAGUCUCUUCUGGAAAACAAGGAUUUCGAUGUCGUACUUAGGAAGUGGAAGACUGGAGGGUUUCCGAAUCUAAAACUUUUGUGGUUAGAUGGCCCAAAUAUCACAGAUAACGGAGAACAGAUUUUGGGAAUGAAUUUGAACGAAUUGGACGAAAAGGUUAUCCAAACUGAUGAUGGAUCAAAGAAGGCGACUAUUCACAUUGGUCCCGCAGGUAUUGAAGUAUUUGUAACUCCAUUUGAUUGA